AUGGCUAUCUUCACAGGCAGCAAGUCUCGGGCAAUCAACUCCCCCCGCCACCUCACCCUCCGCCAUGCCCGAAGAAAUGUUUACAAAGCCCGCAAAGCUAAAGGCCUCGCCCUACUGGGCGAAGACGAUGACGGUCCAGAUCUCCUCCCCGGCGAGGAACGGCUUAACUCUUUCUGGGCGCCGAGUCUUGUCGCAGGACCCCAGUACAUUAUCACCUCGGAGCAGACCGUCACAGCCAUGAAUAAUGACCAGCCACUGCUGCUCCUCUCUCAGCAGACCUUCUCCGUCGACGCACCACAAUUCAUGCUGCCUGAACAGUCCGUCUAUUCCGUCUAUCCGCCGUCGGGGUACCCCGAAGAGAACCGGAUGCUGCCUCACGUUGUGUUGAGCAAUCCCCAUCUACCGUGGGAGAGAAUUGGCAGCCCCAGUACGGAGGGUAAUGGCGAUACUAGGCGGAGGGUGCCGUGGUUGGCGCUGUUCACAUUCACACAAGAAGAGCUCAAGUUGAAUCCAGGAGAUUUGAAGGGACUGCCGAAUCUACCUGCCGGGUAG